CUUGCUCCUGCGACUCUAUGCACCAUGGUCGAGCCAGCGCUCCCAAGUCCAACUGAGGCCCCACCGCCCGCGUACGAAAUAUCCCAACUUGACUUUGAGGAAAAACUCGUGAUCGCAACAGAGCGUUCUCUUGAUCUCUCAGACCAUAAUUAUGAGCAAGCAUAUAACGCAUCAAAGGCAGAUACUAAAUUCAUGUCGGACGACGCUGGUCAGUCGAACGUGGAGGCUCAUCAGUUUGCGUCUGCGUCCGCCAGUGCGCAGUCAUCAUCAGUCCGGCCGUUAAGCUUCAGAAGGAAAUCACGCAAAUCAGAUGGUUCUGGCGAGUCGGUCGGGGCUAAGGAGCGCCCUAGCUGGCUCGAAGAGACGCGUGUCGACGCGUCGACUUCAAAUUCCAGUGCUUCUGUACGGCGACUACCAUCCGAACCUGAAGAGCCACACGGUCACGACGAUGGGCCAUCCCAACACGUCUUACCCGAUGAAUCCUCGGAGGAGGAUCAUUCUAUGCCCCCGCCGCCCUUUGCUCCGAUCGACACGUCGCUGGAUGGGCCAGCUUAUGAACGAUAUCCCAGCCAGGACGCGCGCCCACGACGAACAGAUGGACCAACAAUCGUUAUGUCCUACACUGAUCAAGAUGUUGGCGCUUCUCCCCCUCCAUCACCUCCGCAGUCCCCGGUCGUCCGGAAUACAUCACCCAACAUACAUCGACAGCGUGCGACAUCUCCCCAAAUCAAUCCCAUGACCCACGGUUAUCAGCACGCGCCGCAGCAAUCCCGACUGCAAGUUGGUAACCCUGCACCCCGUCCAAGAUCGACGGGCGCCCAGCGCUUCGUGCCCCCACCCCCUCGACUAAGCUUUGAUCCGUCUGUUGCCUAUGAAGGAACAAGGACUUCUUUGUUUGGGCAGCUGCCGAAAGAAGUAAAUGAUGUAGGUCAGGAUGCAAGAUCCCUGUACAGUUCUGCCGUUGCUCCCCUCAUGUCGUCGCAAAAGUCGCAAAUAUCUCGGCCGGCACCCGCUCCGAGAGCAAAACGAUAUGCUCCAUCGAUAAACUCUCUCUCUUCUGAAUAUGAUCAGAACCAGACUCAACAAAACAUGCCUUCGAAUAGGCCUUUCUACUCUGCGCAGGACUAUGCUGCCAGCCGGACCUCUGUCUACACGCAGGCCUCUGUGAAUCAGUUCCCACAAUAUCCACAUGUUUCACAGUAUCAACAGAUGCCGCAGUACCCCGCACAGCAAAACAAUGCUCGUCCGCCCGCGACAAUCCACCAAAGUAGCAAUCAACGAUGGUCGACUGCACCCGCACCAUAUCAAUCAACAUACUAUCAGCGCUAAACGAUGCCUCUUAUUUAACCUCCUAACUUCAUUUUUUUUAAUCUUCGAAGAUACCUAACGUUGUAUAAUAGGAGAAUGUGGAGAUCUUUCUCGGACCAAGUAGCUUAUUCCUUCCGGUUGUUUUCUUGAUUUAUUACAACCAUCUUCAAACUUGUAAUCGUUGCAACUUAUUUAUCUGUUAACCUUCCAGCACGCUGCUUACGCUGGCACUUUGUCCUUUGUAUCGCUUCACUUCCUACGCCGCUUGUUUUCGGUAUUCUGCUCUUUUUACAUGUUACUCAGCUUAUUUACCCUGAUU